GCAGGUUUCUGAUUUCACUCCUGAAUGUGAGCAGAGUAACCGGACCCGGAGGUUCCGCUCUCUGUAGCCAUGGGAGACUUCUGGGGAGAUAUCGCCAGUCAGAGGGUGGCCAGAGGGAUCUCAGCGGGGAAUGAUGAAGAGGCGGUGUUGGACCAGGGGAAGACCAGCUCCACCCUCAACACCAACUUUGAGAAGGAGGAACUGGAGAGCCACCGAGCCGUUUACGUCGGCGUUCAUGUCCCUCUGGGCCGGGAGAGCCGAAGGCGGCACCGGCACCGAGGACACCGACAUCACCGCAAACGGAGGGACCGCUUGGACCGAGAGGACGGACAAGAGUCGCCCAUCUACGACACGCCGUCUCAGAGGGUCCAGUUCAUCCUUGGGACGGAGGACGACGACGAGGAGCACAUUCCCCACGACCUGUUCACAGAGCUGGACGAGCUGGCCUUCAGGGACGGAGACGUCCAGGAGUGGAAGGAGACGGCCAGGUGGCUGAAGUUUGAGGAGGACGUGGAGGACGGCGGGGACCGCUGGAGCAAACCGUACGUGGCCACGCUGUCUCUGCACAGCCUGUUCGAGCUGCGCUCCUGCAUCCUGAACGGCACCGUGCUGCUCGACAUGAGGGCCAGCAGCAUCGAGGAGAUCGCAGACAUGGUGAUUGACAGCAUGCUGGCGUCGGGUCAGCUGGAGGAGGGGCUUGACGAGAAGGUGCGAGAAGCCAUGUUGAAACGGCACCACCAUCAGAACGAGAAGAAGCUCAGCAACCGCAUCCCGCUGGUCCGCUCCUUCGCCGACAUAGGCAAGAAACACUCCGACUCCCACUUACUGGACCGCAACGGGGAGGGGCUCUCCUCCUCUCGCCUCUCACUUCUCCGUCGCUCCUCCCAGGCCUCAUUUGAUGCCUUCAUCCCUCCCUCGUCUCCCUCUUUCCUGUUUGGACGCCUCCUCUCAGGCUCCGCCUCGCCCUCCCUUUACCGUUAUGGACGCCACCUGUCAGAGCCCUGCCCACCUGGACUCAUCCCACCAUUAGACCACGCCUCCUCAGAUGGGACCCUGCGGCGCUGCUCCGCUCCAGAGAAUAUGUUGGGAGGAAAGGGGGUUCCUGAAGUGGUGAUUCACCCUCCAGAGGAGGACAUGUUCCAGAAGGAGGAGGUGCAGACAGAGCUCCUCCAUCAGGACUUGCAGCUUCCUGCGGGUCACACAGGUCUGAUGGUGUCUCCGUCGGCUCCUGGAAACCUCGACAACAAGAUCACAGAGACUCGCAUGAACGGAGGUAGCCGUGAGAACAGCACCAUGGACUUCAGCAGGGUGGAUAUGAACUUCAUGAAGAAGAUCCCACCCGGUGCCGAAGCCUCCAACGUCCUGGUUGGUGAAGUGGACUUCCUGGAACAUCCAAUCAUUGCCUUCAUUCGCCUGUCCCCUGCCGUGCUGCUGACCGGACUUACCGAGGUCCCCGUACCCACCAGGUUCCUCUUCCUGCUGCUUGGACCGUUUGGAAAAGGCCCCCAGUACCACGAGAUCGGCCGGUCCAUCGCCACUUUGAUGACGGACGAGAUCUUCCACGACGUGGCGUACAAAGCAAGGGACCGGACUGACCUGCUGUCAGGAAUCGAUGAGUUCUUGGACCAGGUCACAGUUCUGCCUCCAGGUGAAUGGGACCCCAGCAUCCGCAUUGAACCUCCAAAGAAUGUCCCGUCUCAGGAAAAGAGAAAAAUACCAGCGCUUCCUAACGGCUCCGCCUACAGUGCUGACAUGGUAAAGGAGGCGGAGCAUCACACGGGGCCGGAGCUGCAGAGGACGGGCAGGAUCUUUGGAGGUUUGGUGAACGACGUUCAGAGAAAAGCUCCGUUCUAUUGGAGCGACAUCAAAGAUGCCCUGAGCCUGCAGUGUGUGGCAUCUGUCCUCUUCCUGUACUGCGCCUGCAUGUCACCCGUCAUCACAUUCGGAGGGCUGCUGGGAGAAGCCACCAAAGGAAACAUAAGUGCCAUCGAGUCUCUGUUCGGAGCGUCCAUGACGGGCGUGGCCUACUCGCUGUUUGCCGGUCAGCCUCUCACCAUCCUGGGCAGCACCGGGCCGGUUCUGGUGUUCGAGAAGAUCCUCUUCAAGUUCUGCUGUGACUACCAGCUGUCCUACCUGUCCCUGAGGACCAGUAUCGGACUCUGGACAGCCUUCCUCUGCAUCCUGCUGGUGGCCACGGACGCCAGCUCCCUGGUGUGCUACAUCACGCGCUUCACGGAGGAGGCCUUCGCCGCCCUCAUCUGCAUCAUCUUCAUCUACGAGGCUCUGGCCAAGCUGGUCCACCUGGGGGACGCCUUCCCCGUCAACAUGCACGACGAGCUGGACAAUCUCACCUUCUACACGUGUCGGUGUUCUCCUCCUGCCAACGCCUCGGCUGAAGUCCUGCAGCUGUGGACGAGCAGAAACCAAACGUUGGAGACCAUCGAGUGGGACCAGCUGAGCGUGAAGAAGUGUCUGGACUUGAAAGGACAGUUUGUCGGCUCGGCCUGCAGCCUGAAUGGUCCCUACGUCCCCGACGUCCUCUUCUGGUCCAUCAUCCUCUUCUUCGCCACCUUCUUCCUCUCCUCCUUCCUCAAGAAGUUCAAGACCAUGAGAUACUUCCCCACCAAGGUGCGCUCGUCCAUCAGCGACUUCGCCGUCUUCCUGACCAUCAUGAUCAUGGUGCUGCUGGAUUACCUGGUGGGAGUUCCUUCACCGAAACUCGACGUUCCCGUUCGCUUCAAGCCCACAUCCGACCAUCGGGGGUGGCUGAUCUCCCCCCUGGGACCGAACCCCUGGUGGACGCUGCUGGCCGCCGCCGUCCCAGCUCUGCUCUGCACCAUCCUGGUCUUCAUGGACCAGCAGAUCACGGCCAUCAUCAUCAACAGGAAGGAGAACAAGCUGAAGAAAGGCUGUGGGUACCACCUGGACCUGCUGGUGGUGGCCGUCAUGCUGGGCGUGUGCUCCAUCAUGGGCCUGCCGUGGUUCGUGGCGGCGACGGUGCUCUCCAUCUCCCACGUCAACAGCCUGAAGGUGGAGUCGGGCUGCGCGGCGCCCGGCGAGCAGCCCAAGUUCCUGGGCAUCAGGGAGCAGAGGGUGACCGGCUUCAUGAUCUUCGUCCUGAUGGGCUGCUCCGUCUUCAUGACGUCUGCUCUGAAGUUCAUCCCGAUGCCCGUCCUGUACGGAGUCUUCCUCUACAUGGGCGUGUCCUCACUCAAAGGCAUCCAGCUCUUUGACCGCAUCAAGCUGUUCGGCAUGUCCACCAAGCAUCAGCCGGACCUGAUCUACCUGCGCUACGUGCCGCUCUGGAAGGUCCACAUCUUCACCGUGGUCCAGCUGGCCUGCCUCAUCAUCCUCUGGGUCAUCAAGGUCUCCGCCGCCGCCGUCGUCUUCCCCAUGAUGGUUCUGGCUCUGGUCUUCAUCCGGAAGCUUCUGGACUUCUGCUUCUCCAAGAGAGAGCUGAGCUGGCUGGACGACCUGAUCCCAGAGAGCAAGAAGAAGAGAGACGACGAUAAGAAGAAGAGGGAGAAGGGGGACGCUCAGCGGAUGUUGGAGGAGGAAGAGGAGCGGUACGAGCGAGAAAACUGCCUCAAGUUCCCCAUCAAAGGCCUGAAGGGACGGUCCGACCCGUCAGAAGUGAACAUCUCAGAUGAAAUGGCCAAAAGUGGGAUCUGGAAAUCUGUUUUCAAACCUUCUGAAAGCAGCAAAUGCCUGAAACGCUGCAAAAGCCAGGAGAAGAUGCAGAGUAUCCAGAUCUGCAUAGAGAACGAAGAGAACCAGAGGUUUGUCGAUGCUGAGACGGCGUUAUGAUCCUUCGGGGGGUGGAGCCUGACUGAG